GAAAAGGUCAGUACCAGUAGCACAUCCGACGAGCUAGCAACCGGCUUCAGCCACAUGAAGAUAGCAGAUGAAUCUUUUCUUUCUCCGGAGACCGCAAGUACUGCUUCAUCAACUGGAGACGGGAAUGGCUCUUCAACCGCUAGAACGCAGCCGCGUGAAUUGUUCAAUACUUUUCUAAACCAAUGUAAUAUUCAACCGCUUGGAAGACCUUGGCUGGAAUGGGGCGAGGUAAGCAGCCGAACACGGUCCCGAUACAUUCAGCGAUCCAGCGAGAUAGUUUCCACCGUCCUUAAAACCAUUUCGCCAAUUAACGCACCCCAUUUGUGGAAAGCACUCCAGUCAUCUGAUAUCGUGAACCGGCAGCUGGGUCUUCAUGCCGCAUCUCUACCUUCAGAGGUAGCAUACCUAGAGGCUCUGGCUGAGUCAUACAGUAACGCAGCCUCCUGGGAUACUCGUCGUCAGGUAUUGUCCGUGAUGACAGGAGUGGCUUCCUUUAAAGCCAUCUCCACAUUUAUACCUGGUUUGACCCAGUAUCGAUAUACGAUGGCCAAGCUUCACGGUGUUCAGCAUGGAAGAAAUGCUCCCGUACCCGAAAAGAAGGCUCCGAGACUUCAAAUAGAGCCAAAACAAUUAGAUCACUUUCUGGGUUUUAUAACUAGCCCUCAUUUAGUACAAGAUUUGCCAUUUGGGGAAAAACACCUUCACCUCUCUUCCGGGAAGAUAAUCACUGUGCCAAACAUAGUGCGCACAAUGAUACCUGAACGGAUUGUGACGCAGUACAAUCAGUAUUGUGCUGAGGCCAAUUUUAAGCCUUCAAGUCGAAGUACCCUGUUGCGAAUUCUGUCAGAGUGUAGUGCGUCUGUCCGCACGUCCCUACAGGGGCUAGAUUAUUUCGCGGCGGAAGGAGGUAGAGCAUUUGAUGACCUUGCUUCCAUAGCAGAUCACGUUUCGUUACUCAAAACUAACGGAGAAGAGUGGGGCGGAAGAAUUAAAGAUCAGCUAAAAGCAGGAAAGCUCUACCUAAAGAGUGAUUUUAAGGUAACUGUUAAUGAUUCAAACUAUAUUGUAUUUGCGUUUCGAAUUUAAAAAAAUCGCGCGUUAGAUGAUACUUACAUUAACCAGGAUAACGUUAUUAUCGUAGCAGUAAACAAUUACUAUAUAAUGAUGAUAAGAUAUUUAUUUAACCCUCAGACGUACAUGCAAAUUUAUACCCCCACCGUGGUACAAGGGGGGAGCGGUGGAUGGAGCCCCUUGGAGUUUUUAGUAUGUUGAAGUAUUUCGAAACAAUUUUACUUUGAGUGGAAAGCCUUUGAUCUUCUCCACAAGAAAAAAUAAUAAAUAAGCACUUUGCAUGAUUUUAGCCACAAGAUUUUUUUCUAUUGUCAGGAGCCCAUGGGUUAUGGGCUCCUGCUAUUGUUGAAAAAAGUUGACCAAACAUGUACUUUUUCUCAAAAAUGGCUUGACCACCUCCUACUUAUGACGUAAUAUCUCGUUACCAUAGAAACUGACCAUCACUGAACAUGACUCAAAAUGCGCUCGAGGGAUGAACGAACAGCUACUGAAAGCAUCAGGUGCUAAUGUUUUAUCCUCUAGGAGAAAACUCAGAAAAACCUUGGGGGAUGGGGGGGAAGGGGUGGUACGUCCGAGGGUUAACUUUUACAUGCCAUAAUCAAUUAUAAAACAGCAUGACGGGCGCGAGAGCGUAACCCGUUGACUAUAGUGAAAAGCCUUUAUUCUUAGCCUGUUCCAGGCUCCAAGAUAGUCGGGUUCGCGAAAUUGAGGAAGCGCGAACUCGAAAAUAAAACGGGAGGAAACUGGGGAGAGGAAGGAGGCGGAGCCUGUAAUCAUUUCUUUAACGGCCUUCUCCGUUAUCCCAGCUUCUGGUAUACGCUCUGAUUGAUCAGAUUUGACAGUUAACAUCAUCACCUAAUUGCGUGAGUCAUUUUCAGUCAUCCGUAAGACAAACAACGAGAAUUUGAAUAUACGUUAGAACGUUUCCUACUUUCAGACGACUGUCUGCGAAAUUUUUCUCCCUCCCUUCCUUUUUCCCGCCACUUCCCCCUUUUUCCUUGAUCACGGGCAAAUUUUUUCCGUGCCUUUGACUUAAGAGUCAUCCUAGUCUUAGGAUUUCCUUAUAACUAAAUAAAUAUCUUAAUAGGAAUUACAAUUUAAAAUCUUUUUUUCACGUCAACAUCAACAGCAGUAUUCAACAGUAAGGGUGCUAAAAUAGAAAAGUAACAAAGAAUCUUCUUAUCAUUUAAGGUGCAUAUCAACAGUGAAGCAAGAGUGGCCGAUCACUGCAGCGUUUACGCUCUGAGUGACGUAUCCGAGUCUUCCUUCAGACAGCAUUGCGAGCACAAUCACGAGGAGUUGUGUGAUCAGUGUCAUGCCCUCGAUGUUGCAAUAUAUGAAAUUGGAACAGCCGCGGAAAAUGCCGUAUUUCCUGACGAGGAACAACGUGAUGAAGCUCUGUUCCUGUUCGAGGCGGCCAAGAGAUCAGUGCAGGCAUGGAAGGCGCAUCAAUUACGGUCCGUACAGCAGGAUAAAUCGAGGCUGGAUGUGCUUGAACUGUUGAACAACGACACCGUUCUUAUUGUUAGCGACUGGGCCAUGAAAUUCCUCCCUCAGCUAUAUAGAGAAUCACAGCAAGACUGGUUCGGCAAGAGAGGGAUUUCAUGGCACAUCGCUGUUGUAUUCAGACGGGUGAACGGCUCCGAAAUCCAGACACAGGCGUUUGUUCAUGUUGUGCAGUCUUGUAGUCAGGACAGUACUGCUGUGGUGUUGAUGAUGCAGCACGUAUUAAAAACACUGCACGAAGAAUACCCUGAGAUUACCAAGGCCCAUCUACGGCAAGACAACGCAGGAUGCUACCACUGCGCUAAUACUAUCCUUGCUUGUCGUACCUUUGAGCAGUCAACCGGUAUCAAAGUUGUACGUAUGGAUUUCAGUGACCCCCAAGGAGGUAAGGGAGCGGCGGACAGGUUGGCGGCCACUUGCAAAAACCACAUCCGAACGUACAUUAACGAGGGCAACAAUGUCACAACAGCAGCGGAGAUGAAGGAGGCCUUGUUAUCCUACGGAGGAGUGGAAGGUGUCCGAGUUGCUAUCCUGCCUUCAAUAGAAGAAACUGUGGAGCUUCGAAAGAUAUCUGGAAUAAGCAAGCUGAAUAACUUUCUGUUCACGGAGGACUCCCUUCAAGCUUGGCGUGCUUAUGCGAUCGGUCCUGGAAAGAUCAUAGCCUCGGAAAAGGUUCCAGGUCAGUGUCAUUUCUGGGAAGUUGAAAAUAAAAAGGGGAGAAUGUCCUUAACUGGUGGGGAUAGCAGACUUCCGUUGCUACUCCCGUAUGUAGGCAUGGCACAAGCUAUUGUCGCGGUAUUUUGUAAAACGCAGCACAUGAAACAAGGGAGACGUAAAAGAAAUAUUUGUUUUUCCUUUAAUAUAAUUUUCUUGAAAAUUUUGUUAACGUCACUGGGAUAAGGUUUUUGCUACUACACCUCAAGGAAUUAAUAAAUAUUUUUUACAAUUACUCAUUUCAGUAACUCUGCUGUAACAUAUGCUUCAUAUUCCUACUCUUUUGACAGAUGUGACCCAUAACUGGCUUACUGUUUCUUUUUCGGCUGGUGGGUUUAAACCAAUUACUCUAAAAUCGGCUUCAACGCAUGCUAGACUCCAGGCAGCCCCCCAAGUUCCCGAAGUUCAGCAAAGUAGCCCUGAAAGGCAUCCGUCCAAUGUUUAUUCGUGCCCUAAAGAAGGUUGUGUUAAAGUUUUUCAAAGAGCGUCUGCCCUAGAACGUCACCUGUCGUUAGAGGCCUGUACCCUCUCUCCAGAAAGGCACACCCUGAUGGAUUUGGCCAAACAUCAAUACGCCGCUCGCCUACAGGAGGGCGUAGGGCUUAUUCCUGCACUGCGAGCAGUACCAAGCUCAGUUGGCAGUUCACAUCAACGUGAGGAGGUCAAGGAAGGGUGGGCGCUGAAACAAGUGAAGAAACCAUACCGUUUUAACCAAAAGCAGAAAACCUACUUGGAGGAAAAGUUCAAUAUCGGCCAGUCCACCGGCAGUAAGAUUGACCCUGCCUUUGUAGCGAAGGAAAUGCGCCGUUCCAGGGGCAAAGACGGGGAAAGGUUAUUCGCUGUUUCUGAAUUCCUGACACCACAGCAAGUGUCCUCCUUUUUCUCGCGACUGGCACUAAAAGUGCGUCAGCAACAGGUUGAGGUCUUGGAAGAGGACGCCUUAGCUGUAGAGGAGCAAAGCAAUUUCGCUACUGCAAAAGAAAACGUGCUUUCUUCCCUGCAGCUCCGUCAUCCCAUUAUUGUUGACCAGUACAACGUAUGCUCUCUGGUCAACAAUAAAUCUGAGUUUCGGAAAACGAAGGUGGCACUACUCCAACAUCUUUGCGAACGCUUAGAGCUGAAUACACCUGUACCAGCAGUGAGGAGGAAGGCCCCAUACGUGGAACUUUUAGAAGAAGUUGUAAAUAGCUGCUGUUGUAACCCCCGAAAGUGA